UGGGACAGCAAGCCCCUGGUGCGGCUGCAGCUCUGGGAUAUAGCAGGCCAGGAGCGUUUUGGAAAUAUGACAAGAGUAUACUACAAAGAGGCAGUUGGUGCUUUUGUGGUCUUUGAUGUCACAAGAGGCUCCACGUUUGAGGCUGUUUCAAAAUGGAAGCAUGAUUUGGACAGUAAAGUGCUACUUCCCAAUGGCAGCCCCAUCCCUGCAGUUCUUCUUGCAAACAAGUGUGACCAGAAAAAAGAUGGCAACCAGAAUCCCUCUCAAAUGGACCAGUUCUGCAGAGAAGGUGGCUUCGUUGGGUGGUUUGAAACCUCUGCCAAGGACAACAUCAACAUAGAUGAAGCUGCUCGAUUCUUGGUGGAAAACAUCCUUGCCAACUACAAAACCUUUCCUAAUGAAGAAAAUGAUGUGGGGAAACCAAAACUGGACCUAGACCCAUUGAAAGCAGAGAGUAAAUCACAGUGCUGCUAAUGCUACCACUGCUCAGUGUAAAUGUGAUGGAAUGAGCAGCGAGACUGUUCCUUAAAUCAAACUGCUGCUAUGGUGCUGCGUUGUGACAAUCCAUAUGGGGUGUCUGGUGUUCUCUGAAUAGGUGAUUCUUGUGGGUGUUUACAUAUUCUUGUUUAGCAUGAAACUGAGUAUCUUGUGAGUUAUCACUCCACUUUCUUGAGUGGCUGCAUCUAAGUCUGAUUAGUUUCUUCUUACUUGAGAACAUAAGAUAGUGUUUACACUCCCCUAUAAAGGAACAAAGACAACAUUUGGUAUCUACUUUCCUUCUAGGACAUAUGGUACAUUCCAAAUAGGACUCACUCGGCUUGGUUCUAGCUGAAUAGACACUUACACCUUUGCUGUAAACUUUUCCUUUCUCACCAGUGAUGUUCCACUGUAGCCUGACUUUUCACGUACACGCUUGUCCCUAUUUAUUAUCCCCAUCAUGAGGGUCUGUCUCACUGCUAGUUCUCCUGGAUCAAGACAUCAUAGAAAUCUUGAAAUGGGUAGGAAUGGCUGGUGACCAAUGACAGGAGAUCUCUUCCUUAGUGCGUACACCACGACUGAGUGAAGUAGAUGGUGGCGGAACAAGAAGAUGGGAAAAUGAUUAUAUUUGGCAGGGGAAAAGCAUGAUUAUAGACAUACCAACAAAAACGCGUCUCCAGCCAUUAAGGCAAAUGCUCUCAGCUAAUACGUGUGAAACACAUUCAUGGAUGCAAUUGUACAGCUGACACAGUUGUGAUAACCUCACUCAUAUGCACACCCAGAAAUAAACAUCCAGAAACUUUCAUGCACUAAUACUGGAAACUGGCAAGAGCUGCAAAAAGUAAAUAUCAUUGCUGUCCUGUGAUAAUGAAUCAAAAAAUCCCAACCUCUAACUCUUUCAAUUUUAGAACAGUGCUGUGCUCUUCUGACUACUUGGAGUUGGUGAACUGGCUUACUAGCCUGUAACUCAGUAUACUGAGAUGCUUAAAUGUUCUUGUAACUCGCAUGGAUUUCUGGCAGCAGAUGAAGAUCAAAAGUAAGCAGAGACUUGUUCUUACAGUUCUUGAGUAAGUUCUGGAACUCAGCCUCUGCUUGGCUGAGAGGCUUUGAAGUUCCCUUUUGCCUUAAGGGCUUCUUAAGUCCUGGUGCCUCAAUUGCUACUGACUUCUGAAAUCUUAGCUUGCUUGGUCUGAUGGUAUUGAUGUUUACUUAAAUAUAAGCAUGAGGUAUGUGCCAGAUUGAUACUUUAAUAUGUAUUGAGAUUUCCUCAGCUGUCUUUCUUCUGAAGAGUAACGUACUUUUUAAGAGACAAAUAAAUAUAUUUGGGCAACUUAUGUUGGUGGUGUGUGCUUUUGAGAACUCAAC